AGUUUUGCUUACAGCGGUUUGCUGGCUCCGACGACAACAUCCGAUUCUAUACCAGAUUCCCGAGCUAUAACCACCUGAUGGCCUUCUGGUCUUUGAUUGAGCCUUCAAUUCAUAAAAUGGUUCGUGUUACAAGAGCGAUAUCAGCUGCCAAGAGGAAUGAAGAAGUGGUUACACACGCACGUCCAUCAACGAGACAGCUGCUUCAGCCAAUUGACGAGUUCUUUCUUUUUCUAUGCUUCCUGUCGGUGGGUUUGAAAGAGAGGGACCUUGCAAACCGCUUCAACGUACACCAGUCCACUGUGAGCCGCAUCAUUGCAACAUGGACAAGUUUUCUUACAACUUUAUUGGGGUCACAGUGCAUCUGGCUUACACCUGCAGAAGUUCAAGCCCACCUCCCAGAGGCAUUCAAAGAUUUCCCAGACACACAGGUGAUCCUGGAUUGCACAGAGCUGAGGUGUCAAACACCAUCCUCACUCCUCCUCCAAAGUGAAAUGUAUUCUACAUACAAAUCUCACUGCACCAUGAAAGCCCUGGUUGGCAUAGCCCCACAUGGCGCAGUGACAUUUGUUUCCAGUCUGUAUGGUGGUUCUGUCAGCGACAAGGAGAUUUUCAAACAAUCUGGAAUAGCUGCGUUGUUGACUGAAAACAUGGCAGUGAUGGUAGAUAAGGGCUUCCUGAUCAGCGAUUGCUGCAAAUGCAAGGUGUACUGCCCACCAGCAGAAGCAAAUGCCAGCCUAUCAGGUGAGGGAGACACAGGCCAUUGCCAGACUGAGGGUUCAUGUGGAGCGUGUCAUUAG